UUCCUCACCAGCAACCUCUUAUAAAGGAAGGUCAGAGCCCAGAUUUCAAAGAGUCAGGGAACCCAGAAGUCUUCAGCCCCAUCCUGCUCCUGCAGCUGGUCAGCCGCCAGAAGGAUGAAGGUGAUCCUGGCUACCCUGGCCUUCCUCCUCAUUCUUGCUGUCCUCUACACUGAGGCCAAUGAAGAACCAGUUAAUAAAUUAACCCCUGGUCCGUGCUGUUUUGCCUACAUCUCACGGAGGGUCCCACUCCGGUUUGUGGAAGGUUAUGAUAGGACCAGUGACCAGUGCCCCACCCCAGGGGUCAUCUUCCUUACCCGACAGGGCCGACAGAUCUGCGCCAACCCCAGUGUUGCCUGGGUGCAGGAGUACAUCAGACACCUAGACCACGUGUCUAAGUGAUCUGGGAGCACCGGGGCCCGUAUGGCCGAGGGACUUUGAGGAGACGCCACGGAGCCCCCUUCCCUCCCCAACUCUCUCAGCCCCAGAAGGUCCCUGGGAGUUGGUCCUGGCCCAAACUGAAACUCUUUCUUGCUUUUCUGUGCUCCCAUUCUCUGAUGAAUCUUGCUCUUUCCUGAAGCUUUGCUUUGACACUGUCCUCUGGGACCUGAGGACACUGUGGCCCCCAGACAGCAUCUGUCUCCCCUUUGCAGGCAGCCAGUUGUUGAAAUAAAGCCAUGCCCCAGAAAGGAACCUGGGUGGUUUGAACUGGUUCUCUCACA